AUGUCGGUUACCAGCAACCGUUCUACCGAGGUAACAAAAGAUACCGAAGUAAUACUGUAUGAUGAUACCAUAAGGAUAGAAAACUAUCCAACCUCAUUUAACCUACUAGAAAGUGAUGAUAGACCAGAUUUGAGAAACAUUAAAUAUAAAUCCACAACCGAUCAUUUAAAUUGUCCAAUAUGUCAACAACCAUUUAUGAAUCCAUUAACGACAAUAUGUGGACAUACAUUUUGUAAAGAAUGUAUAUAUGAAUGUUUCAAAAUGUCAAAAAAUGCGAGAAAUGGUAAUAGCAAUGAGAAUGAAACCGCAGGAUUUUGUCCAUUGGAUAGAACUCCUUUAGAUUCUGCAAAUAUAAAUGAUUUAUUUCCAACACCAUUGAUAGUGGCCAAUUUGAUUGAUGAUUUGAAAGUAUAUUGUUUAAAUCACGAGAGAGGGUGUGAAUGGACUGGAUCUCGUUGGGAAUUGGAACAUCAUGUUCUUGUCGAAUGUCCUCGUACUGGUGUAAGAUGUAAUGGGAAAAGAAUAGAUGGUUCUAUAUGUGAUUUAAUUGUUGAAAGAAGGUUUUUUAACCAACUGGAUGAAGAUGAAGACGAAGGAGAAGGAGAUCAACAGAAAGUUAAUGAAGAUGAAGAAAAUGAAUGUAUACAUAAGAUAUUUGAAUGUAAAUUUUGUAAUCAAAAAUUAUCCCAAAUUUCUUACCAUAAUCAUCUUGAAAAAGAAUGUCUUUUUAAUUAUAAGACAUGUGAAUUAUGUGGGAAUGAUAUGAUUCCUUUUAAGAAUCUUGUAAAACAUCAAGAGAAUUGUAUAAAGAUUGGACAUUUCAAAUGUCCUGCUAAUGAAAUUGGUUGCAAAUGGAUUGGAUCAAAUGAAACAUCAUUAGAAAUUCAUUUGGAAAAUAAUAAUUGUCAAUUAUAUCAAUUCUUACCAGCGUUUAAGAAUCUUAAUGAUAAAGUGACUUCAUUAUCACUGGAGAAUGAAUUCUUACAAAAACAAAUAAAUAAGAUACUUGAUUCAAUAAUACAAGGUAAAAUUACUAAUUUAGGAUAUAAUGAUUCUAUUGAAGAAAUUAAUAAAGUACAAUCUAUGGAUGAUCAAGGGAAAUUGAUUUAUCUUAAUUUUGAAUUAGAUCGAUUGAAAUAUGAAAUUAAUGAACGAUUAAUUCCAUUUAUGAAUAAAUCAAGAGUUAAUGAACAAGAAAGUGUUAUAAAUAAUUUGAUAAAUGAUAAUUUUAUGUUAAGAGAAGAUUUGAAUGUUCAAAGAAUAAUGAUAAAUAGUUUAAGAAAACAAUUACAAUAUUUAUUAUUCGCUAGAAAUAGAAAUGGAGCAUCAUCUGGAUUUACAAAUGGAAUGAUAGGUCCUCAUAUGUUUACCAACAACAAUAAUAAUAAUACCAAUUCAAUGAAUGAAGAAAAUCCAGAUAUGUUUGAUUUUGCAACUUCAAGUAAUUCAGAUGAACGAUUGAAUUUGAAAUUAUGA